UCCAGGGUAUGCAUUUCCCUUCUUUGCAAAAAAGGACUCACCGAGAAUCUCUGUGUCCUUCUUUCCUCUUCGUCGUAUAAAUCAAGAUACAUAUGUUUUCGAACAAUCAAGAGCGCGGACACAACGUACUUGCCUACAUUUCCAAAAUUACUAUAGCUUAACAUGGCAAUGCCCACACUUAAAAUAUUGUUGUCGCAUUCAAUCAAAUUAGAUAUAUAGUUGUUAUAAAAUGAUCAAUUGGGUGUCGAGAUGUUGAGUAAAGACGUGUAGAUUCUACAAGAAUUGCCCAAUAUUUUAGAAUGAACAUAAAGAACUUUAAUCAUCUUAUUCAACUAGUUGGUAGACAGAAAUUAUACACAUUUAACCAUUCUGUAUAUGAGGAGGAAUUAUCUAUUUUUAUAACUAGAACAAUUUAUUCAUAUUUAAAAAAAUAACAAAAAAAUCACUCAGUGAUAUGCAAACGCACUAUCGUCCCUCAAUUGACAAAAUCGCCAAAAAUAGAUUUGCCACCUUCUAUAGUGGCUUUUAAUGAGAAGAAAUGAUCGAUAUUUGAGGUGCUUCCACGAUAUUUUCUAUCGUUGGUAACAAUUUCAGCAGCUUAAUUGUUUUUGUAAGCGUCCCGCUUAUUAUCAUAUAACAUGUUGAAAUUUAACUUAAUCGUCGCGGUUUGCGAGAAUUCCGGUAUUGGCCUAAACGGUGAAUUACCAUGGCGUCUUAAAUCGGAGUUGAAAUACUUUUCGACCACAACUAGACGCCGGCAAAAUCCCAAGAAGCACAAUGUGGUGAUAAUGGGACGAAGAACGUAUUAUGGCAUACCUGAAAAUAAACGACCACUUUUUGAUCGCGUAAAUGUCGUAUUGAGUACGACACUCAAAUCAGCCGAAUUGCCAGAAAAUGUCUUAUUGCAUUCUAGUUUAGAGGCGGCAAUGCAGCAUUUGGAACAGUCCGAUCAACAGGAGCAAAUUGAUACGGUUUGGAUUGUUGGCGGUAGCCAAGUAUACAAAGAGGCCAUGGAUUCGCCACGCUGUCAUCGACUAUACUUAACUAAAAUUCUCAAAGAUUUUAAAUGUGACACGUUCUUUCCUAAUAUCCCUGCCGAUUUUCAAGAGGUUGAACCCGAUCCAGAGAUGCCACUGGGUAUUCAACAGGAAGGGUGCAUUCAAUAUGAAUAUAAAGUGUUAGAAAAGCAAGGAAAUGCCAAUUAUAUCGAGUAG